GUCUUGCUUUAUGUGCACCUUGCACACUAAUAGUCGUUUAGAUUCCCAAAAUGCCUCCUCCAACUCACUCCGCACGACAAAAGCUUAGAGGUGCGAGUGUCGAGAAAUCUCCCCCUUCACCACAGGAGAUAUAUGAUGAGAUUGUGCACCAGCUUCAUACCCUAGAUGAUUUUAAAGAGUGGGUGUACGAAGGGAUUGAACCCGACGAUGGAGAUUUGAUCUGUCACUCUCUCCUAUCCACGGGUGAGGUUGAAUCGAAGAGAGCAUUCAUCAACUUCAAUUCUGUUACCAAAGCCCUUUGGGUCAGAGCUUUCAACCCUCUUGCUGUCCAGACGCAAUGGAUGCAAGAUGCUCUCUGGCAGACGGAUCUCCUUAGCGAGAAAAUGUGGGACCGGUGUCUAAUAUACGUUGGGCGCGGAACAACGCACCAUGGCUUUUCCGGUCCCUACUUGAAAUCAUGUAAGAGGCCGGAUGGACACAUUACUGUUAACAGCGAUUCGCCGCUCGUGGUCGAAGGUGGUUGGGAAAAUGCAUGGCCUCGCAUCCAAGCCGACAAAGACCUAUGGAUAUACGGUACGACUUCGACGCAUAUCGUCAUUCUGCUGAAAUGGUCCAAGACAGCAGAUGAUAAAGUUCAAGGGGUUGCGGAGGUUUGGAGACGGCUUGAGGGAAAGGCGGUCCUGGAUGACGAGCUGGUGAUAUUCCCCGAGCCCGUUCCAACCCCGGAUCCUGCUAGAGAUCGGAUUGGAUUCACGCAGGGGUUGAUAUUGGGGUCUAUGAUACUUGAAGACCAGGAUCCCGAUGUUGUGAUUUACUUGGAGAUGGCAAAGCUCCGUAAGAUUGCCCGCAAACGGCUGGAGCGCCAAAGACUCACGAUAGCGUGAGGAAAGUGUUGAAGAGGUUUUGGCAUUUCGAGGUUAGCUAGAGUACUGUACUACGGACGGGCCAUUCCUAUGAUUAAUUCUAGUGUCUAAAUUCUGAAUUCGAUAAGUUUGCUCACCAUGAAGUGGAGGCCCAUCCUUUUCCG